AGAAAAAGCGUCCCUGAUUAUGCCAAGCUGAAAAAUCAAGUAGUAAAAGAAGACGAGAAGCUGUUCGGAGAAUUAAGCACCAAAGUGAAGAAUGAAGAAAGUAAAAAAAAAAACAUACUCGAGUAUAAGUCAGACUUAGAUACACAUCUAGACAAAAUGAUGGCAAAAAAUGAAGAUGGACAGUAUAUCAUCACCGCAGGACUUAUUAUGCAAAAUUUCAAGAAGUACCAAAAGGACCUCAUGGAAGAAUGUGGGAAAAGAUUCUAUGGGAAAUUUAGAAUCUCUCUUGGGACGAAAAAAAAAAUCAUAUUGAAAAAAUUUAGAGAAGCCCUCAAGUACUCUAUCAGAGUGAUGCAGGAUCUAGCACCUAGUUAUGAUGAGAAAGAAUACACAAAGACCUUCACCGAUAUUUAUAUGAAGAAAAAGGAGACUUACAAAGCAGAGUACUCCAAAACUAGGAGGAUAAUUUCUAAAAAAAUGGACAUAGCUUUUAGGAAGUAUGUCAAAGAACACUACGAGGAAAAAGACGUCGUAAUUAGGAAGGAACUUCAAAUCAUUCGCCAACUAGUUCUCACCAAAAUUGACCAAAUUUACACAGAGCUUUACAACAACCUGCAUGUGGAAGUCCAAAUCGACUUGGAGUCCAUAAAAAAUGAAAAACUAAAAAUGAAGAAAAAGGUUUUCCAAAUUGUCAGGCAAAAUAUUAACUACCCAAAUGAUUUGAAACUCCUCGAGGGAAACUUGGACCAUUACAAGGCUGACGAAACCCCUGAGGGGAAGAACCAAAAAGAGGUACUUAACGCUGAAAUUGCUAAGCUAAAACAGAGAAUAGAAAAAAAUAAAAGUGAUGUGGCUAAACUUAGAACCCAUUUUGAAUCCAUUUUAGAGAGGUACGAACAGGCCCUAAUAAAAAUGGACGCUAUAGACGAUUUAGAAAAACGAUUCAGGCUCUUCCGCUUCGAAGUCGCCAAAGAGUACAAAGAUUGCAGACACCACAUCGAUGCACUGGUCUCCCUUUUGGACCAAGACGCAGGGGAGUACAUACGAAUUGAGAGUCUCACCAAAGAACUGCUGAACGAUGUAGACCAAAUCAAUUACGACAUCAAUGAAACGAGGAUUCUCCUGCAUGCACUCAAAACUAAAAAGAAGCACAUCGAAUUGGACAUACAAAUAGGGGAAAAACUGUACAAAAUGGAGCAAAAUUCGGAUAUUAACUCCAAAAAUGACGAGAAGAGAGGAAAACUAAAGGAGAUAGUCACCAAAAUAGAGGAUGAAGAACACAAGUUGGAAAAACUCUACAUCAGGAGGGACGUCUUCAUGAAGGAUCUAAACUUCAUCAUCAGCGAUAGUGAAAAGGAUCCCCCAGAAACGGUCAAAUUUCUACUCCCAGAACUUGUAAAAAAAAAAGAUAAAAAAAAUUUAGAACACUUUAUGAUCGAAAUUAUGAUCGAGACGGAUAUAGAAAAUAAUGCACUCACCAAACUUGUUGAUACUUUUAAAAAAGACCUCCUUUUCUACAAGUACCACAUUAUCAACACGCAAGAUUAUUUGAAGUUACCCACUGAUGAGAAAAACAUCGAUGAAAAAUUUACAGCCCAUUUGGAUAGAAACGCAAAGAUGUUCGCAGACAAAUUGGAAAGCUUUCGAGGAGAGUUAAUAACAUACAAACAGUUAGUGAAAAAACAAGGGGGGGAUAAGCAGCCAGAUGCUAUGACCUACCUUAAGAGGAAUAUAGCUCAUUUGAAGAAUAUGAUUCAUGCUCUACGAAACGGAGGACAUAUAGAAGACAUAAGUUACAUUUUGAUAAACCCAGAUUUUUUCAAAACUGGGGGAAUUAAAAACGAAGACAGAGAAAGCGAACUAGCACACACGGCGCUGCUAAAAAGAUAUUCCGCUUUGAACUCCCUAGGGAAGGUCCUCACCGACUCACAGAAUAAAGCACUCCACUUUGGCAUACAUUACAAAUACACAUCAGAUAAGGUCCUAUGGUAUCUAGCUAUCUUAAAAAAGUACAUCGAAAGAACCGAGAUGGUAUAUAAUAACUCGUACGAUCCGGGGAAGAAAUCCAGACUUAAGUUAGCAGAGUUCAUAAAAAAUAGAGCCGAUGCCGCUUUGGAAGAACCAGUGCUUCUCCAGUACGGAGGAGACAUAUGGGGAGGCUCAUGGGGAUUCGCAUGGGGGGAAGCCGGAGACAAGCAGAAGUACCUACGUGUCAUGAAGAAAGAGCAGACCUAUCCAUACAAGUUGAAAGAAAUAAAGGAUCUCUACGUUGUGGAUAAAAUUGUGAAGGACAAACUGGUGAAAACAGGGAAGCUAGACUCGCUGAAGGAUUACAUGCACGUGAAGGUAUACAAUAUCGUGGAGGUAAAGGACCCACCCAUGACUCUCUUCGAUAAGGAGGAGCUGAAUCAGUUGAAGCUGUUGACCCCAGAUGGGCACAUCACGCAGGGCAGUGUGCAGAAUUAUCUGACCCACUUGGGGUUCAUUUCAAAAGGGGGAGCACCCAGUGCAGAAGAGCACAGUGGGGGAGCACCCAGCGGGGGAGCUGACCUACUGCCCGCCAUCCUCCAAACGGCGGCCGACUACCUAAAAAAAAGCAACAUCAGUUACGACGCCAUUUUGGAAGUGCUGAAAUAUCUGCAGGCUACUCCCGACGCGAUCAACGUGCGGGACAUCAUAACCCUGAGCGAAAUAAUUCUGGACAAUUCGAACGUCUUCUUCGUGAAGCAGGACACGAUGAGCAUCUACAUUUUAACCUUUUUGGAGCUCCUCGGGGUCCAGGUCAAGAUGGAUGAUAUACAGAAAAGGGACCGAAAGUCCAGAGUGAUGACUUACCUGAGCAUUUUAAAAAGUUACUACAAGAAGGUGGAAAUUAGGGACGAAAUGAAGAAACACGUGUUGCGAUUUUUGAAGCCGAAUGAUGCUUUCCCAACUUUGUCCUACAAUCCAAAGUUGCAUGAGUUCCUCCUAGGAGUUCAGCAAAGUCUGGAUGGAAAUUCUACCCUUUACGAAGCAUUUAAAAAGGAAAAUGCCGAAUUUGUAACAGAGCUUUUAAGUGGAGUAAAGAAGGGACUUGACGAAUUUGUGGAUUAUAUCUUCGCCAAGGUAGCUACAAUGAGUUCGGAAAAUUUCAUGUCCAAAUACUAUCACGUGCAUGAGUACAAACACGAGGAAAUGACUAAGUUAGAUAUCUGGUCAUAUGAUUACAGAACCAUUAAUCUGGACGAAAUGAUAACAUUAUUUUUUUAUUUUGUAAAUCCAGACCUUCGAAAUCUGCUGAAUGAGUAUGCCAUAAAAGCAAAUCUGUCAUGUCUGGAUAAAUUUCCCACCUUUGAUUUUAAGGACAUUUUUUCUGUCACAAAUGACACUCAGUUGAAUGAGCUGUUCCUUGAGAAAAUUGGAAAUUUUGGAUAUGGACGUGUCCAAUCGUUAGUAUACAUAUGGAGGUAUUUAUUACAUCCCGAUAAUAAGGAGUUCUUUACCUACGAGAAGGUCAGUUCUACUGUCGAAAGGUAUUUUUCGAACACUGUAUUUGAUGAUAACACUCGGGCGAUGCUCUCCAAAUUGGUGUACUCCUUCCUCGGCAGAAUAUCCUACCACACGGUGUCUUACUUUGAUAUAGAGAUGGAGCCUCUCAUCCAAAAUAGCGAUAUGGAGUUGAUUACCCUUUUCCAUAAUAUCCUAAAUAAGUUAAAUUUUAUUUUAUAUUGUACCAACACGAAACCUUAUCUAGAACGAUAUGCCCCGGCGAAUUUGCUCUCGUAUAGCAGACCUUUCAAAUUAGACGCACUGAAGAUAUUUCACCAGUUUGUGAAUUCCCUGCCACAUUAUUUACGCUCUCACAUUGUUAACUUUUUCGAGACGGACUUCUCCGAAAUAACGGAAAAUUUGAUUGUAGAUUUAUUCCACCAUUUUGAGUCCUUCCUGGAUAACAACAGUAGCUCCUUCGAAUCGGAAGAAGAAAAUAAAAUCGAGUCUUUCUUCAAAUUGAAUUAUUUCUUCACCAAAAAUAAAAACGUCGAGGAUGGAAACUACAAAUCCAUGCUUCUGGAAAACCCGAAUUUUAAGGAGGCAAAAAUUAUCUUCAACAGGAGAGUCAAAUACGAUCAUGUUAAUAAAAAAACCAACUACCAAGAAAGCCUUAAAUUAAAAGACCUCAUAGAUGAGAAGUCAUUUAAAAUGCUACUCCAGAAUUUGAUCAAAGAACAAAUCACCUUUGAUGAAUUGGAUGAAAAAUUUAAAAGCUUUAUGAGUAAAAAAAAAUUGGUCUUCCCAAAAUUUGAUAUCCUAAAAACGAAAAUUGUGCAAACAGCAGAUGAUCUGUAUUAUUUGAAGAUUUACAAAUACCUUUAUGACACAUUUCAGAAGAUCCAUGUGACGCAGCCCAUCCAUGAUUUGUAUUUUCUCUUUUUGAAAACCCUUCUCGAUUAUUCUGUUGCCCCGUUUGAAUUUACGGAUGACCAUGUGCAGAAGCAAUUGAACAUACAGCUUGCACGUAAGUACCGCAAGUACAUAGACUUCCUAUCUCAGUUGUUCUCUUGCCUAUUCAACUUCUACUACUACGACGAUACGAUUCAUUGCCAAAAUUUUGGGAACUACAUCAGUGAGGAGGAAUUCUCCCCUGAGCAGAAAAUGCUGAACAUUUUUCAAACCCCGUUUGUGGAACUUCCACAGACGGUACAGAAUAACCAAAUAAAUUUCGACUAUCACAUAAAUGAGGAGGAUCUAUUCCUUGACUUUAUUAAAGAAUUCAUUCCAGAAAAUCAAAAAAUGGAUCAGAAGCAGAUACAAGUAGAAUCAUUCAAAAUCAGAUACUUCAUCACAGAAAUCUCCAAAUUUGUCAUGCGCACAGUUAUGUCGAAGAUGCCAUCCUCAUACCUUUUCAAAAUGGGUCACAAAGACUUUUACAUAAAUGUGGACGACAUAGUUAACAAUUUACAGCCAUUCUUUGAACAGGUUCGCAAAGUCAAAGCACCAUCAGAUCAGGUUAAUUCGUCCUACCAUGUCAUCAGUGGAACUAUAGCAAACUUCAUGGAUACGAACAAUGAAGACGCUGCUUCUUUCCGAUUCCAAAAUAUUAAGUUUUAUCUUAACAACCACGUCACGCAACUCUUCCUCCAGAAUAACAUGUCCUUUAAGUACUUCAUCGAGUUUAUCAAAAAUAUUGACAGGUUUAAGACCUACUUCCCGACCCUCUCCGAGUUGUACGUGUUCGUGGACAAACACGUAAACAUCAUCAACGCGAUUACACACCCCAACUUCACCGAGCGCGCCACUACGCAGCACGUCAUACAGAUUUUCGUCGACACGCUUAAGAACUUCGGCGUCGACCUAUACGCGGUGUAG